UACCGGGCACCCCUCCCCUCCAGCCCCGUCACAGCACAGAGACACAGCGUUGGUGCGGGAGGCUACAUACUGAACAACGCUACCGCUGGGAAGGACCAGUGAUACAGCAAAACGAGGACUCAGUGAUGUGGAUUACACGUUUGAACGCCGCGAUUAAGUGCUGAGCUUUGGCUUUAACGUCCCUGUGAACCGGAAGGAAGGUUGCUUGUUUCCAUUUUCUUUCGUUUUGAACGAACGGAGCAGUUAAAGCGACUCACUGUGGUCUGUGUUUAGCUAGCCGGUGAUGGAGACUGGCAGCUAGCUAGCUGGCGUUACUCCUCUGUCAGGCUAGCCUGUAAUAAAGCCCUAACUUGCUCAGUGGCUAUUCUGCCUUCUACCGUGGGUGUUUAAAAAUAACGUAGCACAUAACUGCGCACCCACAAAAUGUUAUAUUGUAUUUAACAAAGGCACGAACGAAUAACACUGAUAGUUAGCCGGCGAAUUACAAGUGCCACCAGCUGACGUUAGCUUGCUAACUACUCAGCAAGCGGACACUAGCUUCUUUUUCCUCGCUGUCACUGGGAAACUGAAUCGCGUAAGAGAGACUGUAAAUAUUGGCACACCUGCGCCCGAUUUUUGAGAACAGCCAUCCGACACCUACUUAUAUUAUCUAUUUUUUGAUAGUGUUGUCUGUUGACCGCAGUUUUGUCAAAACGGCGCCGUUAACGAACUGCAACCUUAUUGCAUUCUGUCAGAGCCCAACUACCCCCCGGAUUCCCUCGAAAUGCAUCAUCCGGAUUCUGCAGGAGACUCUGGCAGUGUUAGAAAGAUGGCGCACCCGACUGCCUUCCACAGAAGGGGUAGCAACACGGGCAGCGGGAGCGGCUCUGCGCUGUCAACAACGGCGAACCCGGUGGUCAGCAACAGCCACGUCCCCGCCGAUGAUUAUCAAGCCUCCCUGUUGAUUCAGUGCCAACCUCCUGCUGGUUCGUCUUCCCCGGGUCCCCACCAUCCUCCUCCCCACAGCCUGAAUCUGCAUUCUCAGCCCCAGCCUACACAAUCAGCCGGAGCUCAGAUGAAAAAGAAGAGUGGUUUUCAAAUUACAAGUGUGACUUCAGCACAAAUAUCCGUGAGUACCAACAACAGUAUUGCAGAGGACACGGAGAGCUAUGACGAUCUGGAUGAGUCCCACACUGAGGAUCUAUCUUCUUCAGAAAUACUGGACGCGUCCCUCUCCCGAGCUAAUGAUGUAGUUGGAGCAGAGCGAAGCUCUUCAGAGGAGACGCUGAAUAAUUUCCAUGAGGCAGAGACCCCUGGAGCCAUCUCCCCGAACCAACCUCAACACCAUGGUGGGGCCAUGGUGAAUGGGACCAUUCACCAUCAACACCCUCAUCAUACCAACCAUGCCCAGGUCUACACAAUGUCCUCUGGUCCUGGGAGUACCCCUUCUGGAGCUUUACCUUGUGUCACCCAGAAAAUGCCUUCUAAUGUGGGGUGUCCCCAAGAGAAUGUUUCCCAAACUGCCCCUUCAAGUAUUGUUGCUCAGACUGUGGGGAUUGUGGUCCCGGGAUCUGUUCCUGGGCUGCAUAGUUCUGCAACGGGCACUACAGUUAACAUAGUUAAUCCCCAGAGCAGCAGUGUUAGUAAUGUGAAUAUUUUGAGCUCUGCCAAUGUGCCUGUGAGAGGGGGAAUCAGCACAAGUGCUAGCAGUAGCAGUGGUGGCUUCCCUCUUAAUGUGAUAAGUGGCAGUGGAGGAGGUGCUGUUGCAGCUGCUGGGGGCAACCUUAUGACAACAACUAAUGUCGCAAUGAUCCAGCAAAAUCAAAACAUCAACUCUAACAUCACUAUGACUACCACAACUACUGCUGCGGUUGCUCCUGUUGGUGCCUCUGGGGGGAUGGCAUUUUCCAGUGGGAUGCAAGCCAGGGUUGGACCUACUUUGGUGCAGCCAGUGAGUGCCCCUGUCACAACUGUGGCCACAGCUCCUGUAUCAUCCGCUCCUGUCCAGCCUGUCCCCGCUCCAGCAACUGCAGUUGCUGCCACCAGUUCUCGCUUUAGGGUGGUGAAGCUUGACUCUAGCUCCGAGCCUUUCAGGAAGGGCAGAUGGACAUGUACAGACUUCUAUGACAAGGAGCCCCCAGCCUCUGCCCCAAGCUCCACGACAUCUGAUACUGGUUCUGUCAACAUGCGGCAGUUUGCACCUGAGAGCCUUGCUAGUGCCUCAGAGAGGGAAAGCACAAGUGGUAGUUCUGUGAGUAGCACUAUGAGUACGCUGAGCCAUUAUACUGAGAGUGCAUGUAGUGGAGAGGCUGGGGGACCACCAGUACCUCUGCACAUCCAGGAUUAUACCUCCGCUCCUCAGGGCUUUCAAGGCAUCCUCCCUAGUGGCUUAAGCAUGGGAGUAUCCCAAGCCCAGCCUCACUUGCAUGGCCAGGAUAUUGCCCAUUCCCAUGUAAAAACUACUAUGGCCCCCUCACUUCCCACAAGCAUUCAUCAGCCUGCUUCUGUGCCAGGCUACCAGACCACCACUGGAGUUCCCCCGUCUGCUGUGCCACAGCAGCAGCUCACCUAUGCCCAGGCGGUUGCUAAUCACCCUCCAAGCGCCACACAGGGUCCAGUGGGUGUUCAACAGCAAAAGAUGGGCUAUGCCCCACUGCCACAACAGCCAGCUUCUGGUGCCCAAGCAGCCUCUUUGCAGGUGAGACCCCCGGAGUAUAACCAGCCACACCAAGGUGCGUCACAGGCCCCCACUUCUCAAUCUCAGUCCAACCAAGCUGGAUCGGUUCCUUCUGGGACAGUUAAUGGACCAUGCCAGAUGAUGGGGGGACCUCAGCAGUCCCAGGCGCUUCUUCACACGCAGCAGCCUUCCUCCCUUCAGGCCUCCCCGUCAAAUGUACCCUCUCAUGUUGGUGUAACAGGUCUUGGCCAACAGCCACAGAGCCUCCCAGGCCAGCAGAAGCCUCAGUCACUCCCAACCCAAACUCCAAUCCUCGGUACCCAGCUGCCUGCGUCGGUCCUCCAGAACCAAGUUUCUGCACCAAGUGUGCCUCCUCCCAACCUUCAGAGUGAUUCCCAGCCCCAAGCCCUCAGUACUGGGAAUACUGGUAGGAUGCCCCCACAAGGUGUUCCCCACAGCCAACCAUCUUCUGUCAACUUGCCCCUGGACCCAAGCAGUGCCCAAGCGCUCUCUCAUGCUUCUCAAGCCAGUGCCCUUUAUGCUAGUCUGCCCACCUUUACCACUACUCAGCUCCAGGAUGCCCAGCGCCUGCUCCUCCAGCAUCAGUCGGCUCUGAUGGGGCUGCCCAAGUUGUCCAGUGGGGAGGCUGGGUCUGGAUCCAGUACUGGCCAGUGUCCGGAAGCUGAGGGCAACAGCGCCGCCAGUGCCUUAACUGCAUCAGCAAGUCUUAAGACGGUCGACGGAGAAGAGGAUGGUUCGUCAGGAGCCAGCGUCGUGGCCAUAGACAACAAGAUUGAACAAGCGAUGGACCUGGUGAAGAGUCACCUGAUGUAUGCUGUUCGUGAGGAAGUGGAGGUCCUAAAGGAGCAGAUCAAGGAGCUGAUUGAGCGCAACUCUCAGUUAGAGCAGGAGAACAACCUGCUCAAGACACUGGCCAGCCCAGAGCAGAUGGCUCAGUUCCAGGCCCAGGUUCAGACUGGCUCCCCGCCGGCUCCUCCAACAGGUGUCACAUCGGGACCCCCGAGCACCGCGCCCCUUCCGCAGUCCACCUCGCACAGCUCCGGACCCUCAGCGUAGCCUGCUUUGCUCAUACAGACUCACUGACAGUCGAUGGGUUCUGCUACAGCUGCAGAGCCAAACCUUGCCUUCUAAAGCAGGAGUUUACGCUGUUGAGACAAAAAUUUGCACAUAUUUAUCUCUCAGAAGGAUGCAGCCAGCAAGAUGAGUGGUUGCUGUGCUUUCCUGCACAGUGGAGAGUGAUAAACUUGAGAAGCUCAAUGGGGUGGCCGCUUUCAGAAGAGGAUGAAUUACUGAACAUUUGCCAAAAAAACCCUGGGACAUAUCAUCUAGAAUGUUUUACUAAGAUGAAACAAAACAGCUUUUCAAUGGUGACAUUAUAUUUAACUUUAGAGAAAAAAAUCACUGUGCCUGUGUCUGGAUUUUAAGUGAUGUCGAUGAUACUGAUGACAGCAGUGGAGGAGUAGGAAGUGGAGGUGUUGCUUGUUACUAUUUGGCUGAAUGAUGUAAAUAUUAGACAUUUCUCUCACGGCAUGAUCAUAAAGUUACAAGUUGAGAGAUGUGAAACAGAGCGCAAAUCUUCUCCUAGUAACAAAUGAAGAACGUGAGCAGUUCCUAUCAUGACAAAGUCCCCAUCUGGAAUGGGGGAGUGGAGGGUUGGGGGUGGCAACGGGAGGGCCUUUGGAGCACUGCAGCAUUGAUGACGUUACUUCAAAUGUGGGUUGGUGGGAUGAACAAAAUAUGGUUUCUUAUGGAGAUGAUGAUAUUCUAUUUUCAGUAUUUCACUUUCAAGCUUCUCACUUUGCCUUUGACAAAGCUCAUUAUUGCUGAUCUCUCAACCCUGCAAAGGCAUGUAAUUGAAACCUGGUAAGACAGGGUUGAGACAUUUGGGCUAAGCUGCAUUUUCCUUUUUCCUAAAAGUUUGAAUGGCAAAAGAUGAUGUAUAUUUCUGUAUAGUGUAAGUACCAUGUAAAAUAGCGAGGAAAAGGAGAAAAACAAAUUAUGCUAUCUAGGUCACACAGAUUGAAGCAGGUGAGUGAGGGAUGUGCUAGUAUUGCCCAGUCUCUGUCGUUUAUUUUAAAUGCUGUAUUUUCAGGAUUGUGGGUCGAGAGGAGUUUAGGUUAUUUAACUGACAACACACAGCCAACAAUGCUGUCCACAUCCCUUACUGCAACAUUAACGGAGCGUAAACCCAUAUUCCCCUGGCUGUUUUCUUUCUGGAGUAUUGCACCUUUUAUUAUUUUUUUAAGUGGCAGUGAAGUACCUCUGGAUGAACAAUAUCUUUAAACUCAAUGUUCUCACAUCUGGAGAUGUUUUUUUUCAUUCUGUUGUAUCAGUUGUAUGCUCAUGUUCUGUGCAUGUUCCUGCAAAGACGGAUGAGAUAAUGUAACAUACAAACCACAGCUGCACUUCACAACUUUCAAUAAACAUGCUUAAAGAAGGAUAAA